UCUGUGGAGAGCAGCAUCCACCAGCAGCAGCAGCAGCAGCUCGGGCUGAUGAUGGAGACGGAGCCACGGAUGGAGCUGCAGUAGUAGAGAUCCGGGGAGGAUGCAGCGGCUGUUGUGAGACAAACUGAGCCGUGUUUAGCCCGUGUCAGCUGCACCUGCCCUGGAUGAUUGUCCCGAUGGGUUGUGGAGGGAGUCGGGCGGAUGCGAUCAUCGAGCCGAGGUACCAUGAGAGCUGGACCAGAGAGACGGAAUCGACGUGGCUUACCAACACGGACGUGGAGACCUCUCUGCCAGUAGCAAACAGUAAAGCUCUGGAGGCCAGCCUGAGGGAGAAGAGAAUGGUGAACACAGGCACCCAGUGUGGGAAGCAGGCCCUCACAUCCACUGGCUCCAACCACCAGAGGAGACCCAGACGCUCCUUGACUGAACAAACCACUCGUGAGUCCAAAAGGAGGGCAUCAAAAGAGGCCAACGCUUUGUCUAAGGAUGGGCAGCCUGUCAAUAACAACAGUAGUGGAGACGCCGAACCUGGGAAUGUGUGUGAUGAAAGAUGAAGAAAAGCCACGACUCUGCAGAGAGGGAGAUGGCCGGAACUGUGAGAAGUUCACCAAAAGAUGGGACAGUGAUAUACAGAAGUGUGGGGAUGAUGUUUGCGAGACCUUGGCUGUCGAUCUCAGUGGUUUACAACAUAAGCACUUGCAUAAUGUUUCCAUCCAAAGAUCUUGGGAUGCUGCAUCUUUGUUGUGCCAUUGCAAAUGCAUGCGUGAAGUGAAGCAGAGGGUGGAUCACAAAUAGUGCUCCCACUCUCCACCACGCUUUUCUCCCAUGCUUAAGUUGCCGGUCAGGGAAUGAGUCACUGUGUUAAGCCAACUUUGAAGAAAACAAGAACAGGCUGUCCAGUAUGCACAUGAUAAUCACAAUCUGCACAUCAAAUGUUUUCUGUGUGAGGCCUUCCUUAAGAAUUUGCUUCAGUACUUUGUGCAAGUAUAUUCUUUUUUUUCUUUGUGAAUGAAAACAAUGACAAUGCUGUUUAACCUCAAACAUGCUGUAAAUUAUUUUCAUUUAAAAGACCCUGAAGUGCUGUUUAGAAACUGAGGUUUGAAGGUUUGACGCUUGAGGGCUGAAGACUGUCUUCUCCAGCCUUUGCAAGAUAAAAAAACAAACACACCCGCAUGUGCCUACAAUUCAUCUGAACUGCUCCUGUUUUCACUUUGAGAGUUUGUUGUGUUCAGCAUUAUGUGUUCUCUUGCAUCUUCUUUUAUGUUAUAUGAAGUUAUACCUUAUUAUUUACCACGAUAUAUUUUAACGAUGGGUCAUUUGUGUGGCUUACACUGAUCUGCAUGUUUAAUCAAUCUCAAAUUGAUUCAGCGCUGAUGGCAAAAUGUCUCUGCCUAAACAUUAACAAAAGCAAGCUGUCAGAAAUAAAACUUUUUGCUUAUUUGGUACACGUGACAAUGGAAAACUCCA